CGCCCGAACGUCAUGCCGAGAGGCAUUUGCUUGCUUAUCGUGACUGAAGUUACCAUCACCGCUCGAAACGAGGGCAAGCGACAUUUGCCUGUCCAUUAAUUCUCCCAUUCUAUACUGAGCGUUUACCCUUCAGCGCAGAGCGACUGUUCGCGCAUCGGAGCUUGAGGACCUCGCCGACGACGAAAUCCCGCACGACUCCACGGACUCAACCGGAGUCAAACUACUACCAAUUGAGCCCCUCUGCAGGUCAACUGAACCUGGAAUUCGCAUAUUCUCCCUACAUAAACCAGAAACCCUGGUAAUCGAUACCCAAGAUGAGCGACAACCCUCUCCCGUCGUCGUUUGACCAGAUGGAAUUCAAGGAGGAGACAUCGGCUCAGAAGUUCAAGAGACGUCUUAAGGAAGAGCCUCUUAUUCCGCUAGGAUGCGGUGCCACCAGUUAUGCCCUUUACCGCGCGUACAAAUCGAUGAGGGCCCGUGAUUCCGUCGAGAUGAACCGGAUGUUCCGAGCGCGUAUCUACGCCCAGUUCUUUACGCUUCUCGCAGUCGUCGCUGGUGGAAUGUACUAUAAGACCGAGCGUGAACAGCGGAAGGAGUUCGAGAAGGUGCUCGAUGAACGCAAGCGGCAGGAGAAACGGGAUGCGUGGUUGCGCGAGCUGGAGGUCAGAGACAAGGAGGAUAGAGAUUGGAGAGAGCGCCAUGCGGCCAUCGAGGCUGCUGCAAAGGAAGCUGAGAAGAAGUCCGCGCAGCCGCAGCCGGCGUCUCCACCGCAGGACACGAACAGGGCGGCUGUUGAGUCCUCGGAUGAGAAGAAGGGUGGAGGUGUGCUGGAUGCAGUGAGGUCUUUGAUUUCUGGAGGCAGAUGAGGGGGGCGAGCAAAGAGGAUAAGGAAGGUGGCCGAAUUUUUAUAUCAGUCUAUCUCCGCUUUAUUAUGAUGUAUUGUAUUGCACAUAUAUUCCUUGAUUCCCGGGCAUAAGAAAAAAAAUAUUUCAAAAAGAGCAU